AUGGCAAUGAUGAGAAAUUACAUCAUCUUUUUGGCAUCUUUGUUAUGUCUCACAAACCUAUUUCUAGCAUCAUCCGCUGCUUCUGCUUCUGAUACUUUUGGUGUUCAUGAGGCAUUCGUACAAUGCCUAAGCAGAAAAUCACUACCAAAUGAACCGAUUUCAGGACUCAUAUACACACCAAACAACUCUUCAUUCUCCACCGUUUUACAAACAUACAUUAGAAACCUACGUUUCAAUGAAACCACAACCCGAAAACCCUACCUCAUUAUCACCCCAACAAAAAUCUCCCACAUACAAUCCUCCAUCCUCUGCGCAAAACAGUACGGCUUGCUGAUGAAAAUCCGAAGCGGGGGCCACGACUACGAGGGCGUAUCCUACGUGGCGGACUCCCCGUUCUUCAUCCUCGAUCUGUUCAACUUCAGGUGGCAAGAAAUCGCUGAUAAGCUUGAUGAUGACCUCUUCAUCAGGAUGAUUAUUGAUGUGGUUAACGAUACUUCCACAACUGUAACAAAUGCGAAGACGAUUCGAUCGACUUUCUUCGCAUUGUUCCUUGGAGAUUCAGAAAGGCUUCUUUCCGUAAUGAAUAAAAGUUUCCCUGAAUUGGGAUUGAAGAAAAGUGAUUGUACGGAGAUGAACUGGGCUGAAUCUGUUGUUUACUACACAAGUUUCCCGGCUGGAACUCCAGUUGAGGCUCUUCUCAGCAGAAUUCCCCAAGUUUUAACUCAUCUCAAGAGGAAAUCAGAUUACUUGAAGAAACCUAUGCCAAUUGACGGCAUAGAAUUCAUCUUCAAGAAAAUGAUUGAGCUUCAAACACCUGUUCUUACUUUCAACCCUUAUGGAGGAAAGAUGGCUGAGAUUUCGCCGUUGGCGAAACCCUUUCCCCAUAGAGCAGGAAACAUUGCAAAGAUUCAGUAUGCGACAAACUGGCCAGAAAAUGGUGUUCAGACAGCUGAGCAUUACCUCAAUCUGACCAAACAACUGUUUGCAUAUAUGACGCCAUAUGUUUCAAAGAAUCCCAGGGAGCAUUUUCUGAAUUACAGGGAUCUUGAUAUUGGAAUCAACCAUAAUGGGAAGAAUAAGAUUAAGAAUUACCGGGAAGGAAGAGUUUAUGGGGUUCAGUACUUCUUGCAAGAAAACUUCAAAAGAUUGGUGAAAGUUAAGACGGUGGUUGAUCCUGAUAAUUUCUUCAGGAAUGAACAAAGCAUCCCCGUGUUUCCAUGAAGAUGAAAGAUGAAAAGUAAGCAAUAAUAAUUACUAAAUGAAUCUUUCCGUCGGUGGAAGAUUAGUUUAAGUGUGAUCAUACGUACCUGCAUAGGAUAAAUAAUGAGACGAAAAGUUUGAUUGAUUAUUGUUUUGGUUAUUGUUUCGUGUAUCUCUUUGAUUAAUCAAAGUGUAUUUAUUUAGUCUCUGAUUGUUUGGACUGAAAAGUUAGAAAUUAUACCCCAGCGCAAUUAAAGAUUAAUGUGAUCUCACAUUCUUACAGCUAAAUAAUUGCUGCUUAAUUAUUCUUCUCCAUUCACACAAGCUAAAGAAAUUUAAGAAAUGAUGAGUAUUAUAUAGACUUGGUGACUUUGAAUAUCAAUCGUAC